UCCUCUAUAAAGCAAGCAAUAGUCGCAGCUUGAUCCAGCUUCGCUUCGCUUGCUGGUAACACUGCCAUUAGUGGUAAGUAAGUAGCAGCACGGCUGCAGCUCGGUGAGGUGAGAUGAUGGAGGUGGGGCUGGGGCAGUACUGGGGGGUCGGGGGGCGGCGGUGCGGGGCGUGCGCGGGGUCGCCGGCGGCGGUGCACUGCCGGACGUGCGCUGGUGGGGCAGGGGCGUACCUGUGCACGGGGUGCGAAGCGGGCCACGCGCGGGCGGGGCACGAGAGGGUGUGGGUCUGCGAGGUGUGCGAGCGCGCGCCGGCCGCGGUCACGUGCCGGGCCGACGCCGCUGCGCUCUGCGCCGCGUGCGACGCCGACAUCCACGACGCCAACCCGCUGGCGCGGCGCCACGAGCGGGUGCCCGUGCAGCCCAUCGGCGCCGUGCCUGCCGCGGCCGAUGCGCUGCUGUUCGGCGCCGCGGCGGGGGAUGAUGGCGUCGGCGGGAAGGACGCCACGGCCGGGAUGCUUAGCGCGGUCGACGCCAAGGACGCGAAGCUGGACUUCCUGUUCGCUGACUUCAUGGACCCUUUCCUCGGCCCCGAGCUUGCGCGCUUCCCGCACGCUGACAGCGUGGUGCCCAACAACGGAUCCAGCGGCGGCGCAGUGGAGCUGGACUUCGAUGGCGCCGUCGCCGCCAAGCCGUCCUACGGCUCCUACACGGCGUCGUCGCUCGGCCACAGCGGCUCGUCGUCGGAGAUCGGCCUGGUGCCGGACGCGAUCUGCGGCCGCGCCGGGAGCGUGACCUGCGGCGUCAUCGAGCUCGACUUCGCACAGUCCAAGGCGGCCUACCUGCCGUACGCCGCAACUCCUAGCCACAGCGUGUCGUCUGUGGAUGCGGGGGCGGUGCCGGAGCGCAGCGACGGCUUCAUGAGCGGCAGGGUCGCGACGCCGGCGACCGCGGAGAGCAGGGAGGCGCGGCUGAUGCGGUACCGCGAGAAGCGGAAGAACCGGCGGUUCGAGAAGACCAUCCGGUACGCGUCCCGGAAGGCGUACGCCGAAUCGCGGCCGCGCGUCAAGGGCCGCUUCGCCAGGCGCGCGGACGACCACGACGCCGACGCCGAUGCCACCGACAUCAUCAGCGCGGCCGCCGCGCCGCCGCCGCCGCCCUACGCCUACAUGCUCGACUUCGCCGGCUACCGCGUCGUGCCCACCUUCUGACGCGCUCUUCGCCGCGCGCGCUCGCCUCUUUCGUGUCGCGCUGUCUGAUUGUUGCGUUGCAUGCCAUGUUUUUGAGCUGGUCGACUGGUUCGGCUGGUGUGUAGCGCGCGCGCGCCCGUACGUGCGUGCGUGCCAUGCUGCAUGGGCGCGUGUUUGCUAGAACGGCGAGUUCUGGCGGGUGAUUAUGACCCGUUUUGGGCUAGCCUUGGUGAAAAUAGAAGGCUAGCGUGUACUGCCUCGUGUUCUGUGGACUUUGGACCGGAAGGAUGCUUAGCAUCUGACGGUCUCUUUAAAUGAUGCAUUAUGCUAUAUUUGGAAA